AUGGUGAAAAUUGGACCCAAAACAGUGGAUUGUGUAUUUAUUAGAUAUGUUGUGAAGAAUAAGGUCUGCUGGUUUUUGGUUCACAAAUCUGAAAAUCCUGAGAUUCAUGUAAAUAUGAUAAUUGAUUUAGAUAACACUGAGUUCUUUGAACACAUUUAUCCGUAUAAAACUGAAUAUGAGUCAACAAGUGAAAGACCUAAACGACCACGGGAAGAAUCAACGGAAAAUACACUACCUAAUGAGGAUCCUAGGCGUAAUCGCCAACGGAAAUCCACUUCUUUCGGACCAGAUUUUGUGGCAUUCUUACUUGAAAAUGAGCCUCCAACAUUUAAAGCAAUUAUAUCUUUAUCUGACAUAGCAGUAACUCUAUCUAGCAGACUGGAGAUCCCAAGAUACAGGGAACCCGGUGUUCUGUUAUGGCGCGGCUUCACCCUGGAAGAAUUUACCAGUCAAUUGCUUGGAAAUAAGGGUGACAGUGGAAAAGGCAGGCAAAUGCCAAUACAUUAUGGUUCUAACAAGCUCAAUUAUUUCACCGUCUCUUCACCUAUCGCCACACAGCUUCCACAGGCUGUAGGCGCGGCUUAUGCGCUGAAAAUGGAUAAAAAGGAGGCUUGUGUUGUCACUUAUUUUGGUGAUGGUACCACUAGUGAGGGUGAUUUCCAUGCUGCUUUGAAUUUUGCGGCAGUUCUUGAAGCUCCUAUUAUAUUUCUAUGCCGCAACAAUGGAUGGGCCAUUAGCACCCCUGUUGCAGAGCAAUUCCGAAGUGAUGGGGUCGCGAUCAAAGGGCAAGCUUAUGGCGUUAGAAGUACUCGAGUGGAUGGCAAUGAUGCCCUUGCAGUUUAUAGUGCUAUUCGUGCAGCUCGCGAAAUGGCAAUAAAGGAACAAAGGCCAAUAAUAGUAGAGGCCAUGGCUUAUCGAGUAAGCGACCAUUCAUCGUCUGAUGAUUCAACCAAGUACCGAUCCAGGGAGGAGAUCGAGUACUGGAGAAGACGAUGCUCAGUAGCCAGAUUCAGAAAAUGGAUACAGAAAAAUGGUUGGUGGAGUGAUGAAGAGGAACUAGAAUUCCGGGGAAAUACCAAAGGGCAGGUGUUGCAAGCACUUGAAAGAGCUGAGGAAACAGAGAAACCUCCCUUGACAGAUUUGUUUACUGAUGUUUAUGAUCAAAUCCCAUUACAUCUUCAAGAACAAGAGAGGUAUAUUAGAGACGCGAUAAACAAACGACCAAAUGAGUAUCCUACUAAUAUACCUAUAUAGGCUACAUUUUAAAAAAAAAUCGAUUUGAAAUUGGUAUCUUCGAAUUCCAGUAAUGUCCUCUAUGUAAUAUGAAUAUACGAUGCAGUUGUGGGUGUGCGCGUUUGUAUCUUUAGUCUG